ACCUUUGAGCAGCUGAUGGCUGACAUUUCAGAAGCUUUGGGAUUUCCACGCUGGAAGAAUGACCACGUGAGAAAGCUUUACAAUCUGAGAGGCAGAGAAAUCCGAAGUGUUUCUGACUUCUUCAGGGAGGGCGAUGUGUUCAUAGCUAUGGGGAGGGAGCCCCUUACAUUGAAGAACUUGGAAGUGGCAAUACAAGAACUUUGUCCUGAAAAUCCUUAUGCUGCCAGUGCAAUUCAGCAGGAUAAGGAGCAGUCCCAAAAACUGAAGAGCAGGCUGUAUGACAAAGCAUCAAAAGUGGACAGUGGAUUUGAUGAGGCAGAGAUCGCCAAGAAUUGCGGUGAUGUUAUGUCUCCCAAAAUGGUAGCUAGAAAAAGUCAAGCCAAGACAAAGCAAGAAGAGAAAAUGAGAACCAAAAAAAAGUGGACUAGAGAGAGUUGGGAUGGUGAGCAAGGAGUGAGGCCUUCUAGAAAAAUCCAAGAAAGUGAGAGGUACCUUAAGCAAGAGAGGAGCCCUGAGAAGGGAUUAGAAGAGAUUACAGUGGAAGUAGUGAGGUGUGAGAAGUGUGAACAUGAAAGGCAGGCAAGGCAAAAGUUACGAAGGGAAAGGCAUGCUGAGACUUCAUUUGAGAACACAGACCUGGAUGCAGGUGCAUGUCAGAGGUAUCAGGUAGAAAGAAAUGCAAAAAUCAGGAAUAGCCGAAAAUCUUCUGAAAUUCCUCUGGAAGGUGAAGAAGUUGGCUGGAAAGAGAAUGACUGCAGAAAGACCUGGAAACCUCUACAUAGGAAUGUUAAUGAAGGGCUGGAAAAGCAAAAAAAGAGCAUUGAGAUAGAAAGAGAUCUGGAGAAACAUGAAAACCGCGAGAAAGAAGUGAAAAUCAAGAAGAAUGCUGUGGAAGGGCUGCAAAUAACUCAUGAAGUGAAGGAAGAAAAUGGAAGUAGCUGUGUAACUAAUCAAAAUGGUUGGCUAACGAAAGACACUCCAAGGGAUGCUGAGAAACCAUCUAAAGUACAUAGGGACAGCAGAGAGGGUCAAAGGGCUAAAGAGGAGGGUGCCAGGAGAGAGGGAAAUAUCAUACACAGAGAGAAUGACGUGACUCGACGAGAGAAAACAGGAGAGCGUAGAAUGAAUAAAGAAGAAAACAAGGCUCCAGGGUUGGAAAACACAAGCCAGAGGCAUGCCAUUAAAAACAGAACUGAUGUGGAAAACCACUAUGAGAUUGGCAGGACUAUUGGGGAUGGGAAUUUUGCGGUGGUGAAGGAAUGUCGCCACUGCAACUCUAAUCAGAUCUAUGCCAUGAAAAUUGUGGAUAAAUCCAAGCUGAAGGGGAAAGAGGACAUGAUGGAAAGUGAAAUUCUGAUCAUUAGGAGUCUUUCUCAUCCCAAUAUAGUAAGCUUAAUUGAAGUGUAUGAGACAGAGGCUGAGAUCUACCUAAUCCUGGAGUACGUCCCAGGAGGGGACUUAUUUGAUGCAAUCAUAGAAAGUGUGAAGUUCACAGAGCAUGAUGCUGCUGUCAUGAUCACUGACCUGUGUGAAGCCCUGGUGUAUAUUCACAGCAAGAACAUCGUCCACAGAGACCUCAAACCAGAGAACCUUUUGGUUCAGCAUAAUGCAGAUAAAUCUACUACACUGAAACUAGCAGAUUUUGGCCUUGCAAAGCUGGUUACAAAACCUAUAUUUACUGUGUGUGGAACACCAACAUAUGUUGCCCCUGAGAUACUUGCUGAGAAGGGCUAUGGGCUCGAAGUAGAUAUGUGGGCAACUGGUGUGAUCCUUUACAUUUUGCUCUGCGGUUUUCCCCCCUUUCGCAGUCAGGAACGUGAUCAAGAAGAGCUGUUUCAAAUCAUACAGCUGGGUCACUAUGAGUUCCUUUCCCCAUACUGGGACAAUAUUUCUGCAGCAGCAAAAGACCUCAUAACCAGGCUGUUGAUAGUGGAUCCCCAAAAGCGCUACACAGCACGGCAAGUACUUCAGCACCCUUGGAUCAGAACAGCUGGAAAAACUAAUGGCAGAAACUUGCAGAGGGAAGUAACAAUAAAUAUUGAGCGUCAUUUCCGGACCCAGCGCCGAAAGGAAGUUGUAGAUGAGGACACAUGA